AUGGAACCCCGUGCUUCCAUGGCGAUGGGCGGUGCGUCUGGUUGUUGGGGUUUUAUUUUGAUGACGAACUUCUCGGCGGCGGUUUGUUGGGCUUCGUCGUUGAAGAGGGAAGGGGAGGAGGAGGAGGAGAUGGAAGAUCUGCUGCUGAGGGGGAUGAUGGUGGAGGAUGUGCUGCUUGCGCGGUCGGCCAUGUUGGAUUUUUUUUUCUGGUUCGUUGUAAGUCAAUGGAUCCCUGCUGUUCGUCAAAGUGUUGGUGGAAUGGUUUCGAUUCUUUUGAUAUACAAUGGAGCUUUGAGACACGACUCGUUGGCGCUGCGUGGUGACGAUGGGGUGGUUGUUGUGGCGUCGAUCAAACCCCCGAUUGGGAAGAUGUCUCGAGUCAUGUCUGGUUGUCUGGAAUCGGGCUACGCGAUGUUCAGGGAUUUCGGUGAUUGUGUUCCUGGCUUGCUGGAGAUGCCCAUCGAGGCUGAGAAAUUUCGAGUCGUUUGUUCAAAGAGUCUGGCUAUGAUUGGCUCGACCGAUAUCUUGGCACCACUCGGCCCCUCUGAAAGUGACGAUGGACCGUGGGAUGUCCACCUCAACUGUAGUCUCCCUCUCCGGGUUCUCAAAAAGAGUCGGCACAGGGGGUGGUUCAUCAGCCAAAGAGUCCGCGGGAGACUCAGAAACGACUACUGGAUGUUGUGCGUUGUUGACUCUAUGAGGCUCAUCAUCGAUGCCAGACUCGUCGUCGCCGCCAUCAGAUUCAGAUCCAGAGUCAUAGAAGUCAUAAGGCUGCUCCUCUCGACAUUGAUGGUAGGUGUUCGAACCCCCCCCCCCCCCUCCCCUACAGCCCUCGCACGGUAUGCUCACCCCAUACGUGCAUUUCUUGCAUGUCGAGCAAUGCCAUUCUCGCCAGUCGUUGCAUUCUUUGCAGACGGGACAAUGCCAGGUGCAAUCGUCUUGUUCCCAAGCACCAUCUGGAGAGUUGUGACCUCCGCGGCAGAAGGAGAAGUAAUACUGCUGCCAUUCGUCCUCGAGCUCGAACAAGCCAGAUCGAAGCAGCUCUUUCAUGUGUCGGAAGCCAAGGAGCAGACUGCACUUGACGAGUUUCAGAAGGACAGUUCUACCGGGCAAGCAUUCGAUGGGAGUAUUAGCGAGGCUGUUAAUAAUGCUAAAGCGAACAAGCAAUGUUCUCAUAAGACCGGAGACCUCUUGAAGCAGGCUGCUCAAUAUCUGCGGACCCAGGCUCGACGCAAAUCGAAGAUGCCGGGAUUCAAAGGUAUCUCGGAACAGGCCCUCCGUUCUCUCGUCCGGUACUACUUUUUGCAGUCCCGUCCGUGUCUUCAGAUUCUUUGCACAGCUUUCUUCUCUGUUGACCUAGGCUCCGAUUUCGUCGUCUUGCCCGCAGAUGCUGAGAUCCUUCGCUCCAUCAGCGCCGCCACGCCUCUGACUCCGAGCUCCUUCAAUCCUGCGAACGUCUAUCUGAACAACGCUCCGCUGACAUGA